ACAGAAAAUAAGAAGUUUAAGAAGUAUCAAUCAAUUCAGUGUAAAAACUAUAAUGGAUCCAAUAAAAGUAUAUCGUGGUCUUUUAAUAACACUCUCUACAAGCAUUUUAUACUUUACAAUGGGAACAGCUUUUGGAUGGACAUCACCAACAAUGCCAAAAUUACGGGAGCACACAAUUGACAGUCCUUUGGAAAAUGCAGUUAGUAUCUCAAAUGAAGGUUGGAUUGGUUCAUUGCUGACAAUUGGUGGCUUGCUGGCAUCUUUUUUUUCUGGACCAUUGGCUGGUCGAAUUGGACGAAAACCUACGUUACUUCUGAGUUCGUUGUUCUUUUCAGUUUCAUUUAUUCUUUUUAUCUUUGGAAUGAAAGUUUGGAUUCUCUGUCUUGGUCGAUUUAUUCAAGGACUAGGAGCAGGUCUGGCUUCAAGUACGGUGCCAAUUUACAUCGGCGAAAUAGCUCCUGAUGAAUGUAGAGGAGCCUUAGGAACUAUCUACAAUCUUUUUUUGAUUGGUGGAAUUAUUUACAUCUAUGCAAUUGGCCCCUAUGUCAGUUACAUGUCAUUGCAAUGGUAUUGUCUAGCUAUUCCCGUGAUAUUCUUUUUCAUCUGCUUUUUCAUGCCAGAAAGCCCUUAUUUCCUGGCAACCAAAGGACGGAAGGUAGAUGGAAUAAAAUCUUUGAAAAGCAUCCGUGGCCAGAGUAUGGAAGCUGCCAAAAUCGAGAUGAACAUGAUUCAGAAAGACGUUGACGAAUCGAUGUCUAAUACCGGAACAGUAUUUGAUAUUUUCUGUAAUCGAGGCUACAGAAGAGCUCUGAUAAUCUGUUGCGGUCUGCUGAUUUUUCAAGCACUGAGUGGAACCACUGCGAUCACCUUCAAUUGCCAAACUAUUUUCAUGAGUGCUGAAUCUACUAUUGACCCUGCCUUAGCAAGCAUCCUGCUAGGAAUAGUACAAUUGCUUUCAAGCUUCCUAACUCCGCUUUUCAUCGAACGACUAGGGCGGAAGAUUAUCCUCCUAAUUUCUGCUGUGGGAAUUUGUGUGGCAUUAUUUGCACUCGGAACUUUCUUUUACGUUAAGACGUUCGAUGAUGCAUCGCAAAUCCUAUGGAUACCUGUUCCAGCUUUAGUCUUAUUCUGUGGUGCUUUCGCUUUUGGCUUCGGAUCAAUCCCAUGGGCUGUGUUGGGGGAAAUAUUUCCUCCCAACAUUAAAUCUAUAGCUACGUCAAUUGCAACCACAAGUGUUUGGUUAAUGACAUUCAUAGUGACACGUUGGUAUCCAGAGAUAGACGCUUUAGGAUCGUAUUAUUCAUUUUGGAUUUUUGGCUCCUUGACUUUUGUUUCUAUAUUCUUCAUCAUUUUUGUGAUGAUCGAAACAAAAGGUCUGAGUUUGAGAGAGAUCCAGGACAAGUUACACAGCUCGAAAAUCUCAAUGAGAAAUCAAAAAAUUUAUGAAAGUGUUCAAACAAAUACAGCGGGGAAAAUAUAAUUCAAGACAA